CUCCUUCACGCCUUCCCCAGCAGCGCCCCCCUCCCCUUCCCCCACCUCACUCCGGGGCUGGAGUGAGUGCCAGAGUCCCGGGAGGCGGAGGCGAGAUUCGAGGUAGAUCCUGGUGCCAACUGGCCAGUCCAGCGCCUUGAGCAGCGCAGCACGGACCAUGGGCCUCUGAGAGCCGGCCUGGCGGGCCAGCUGCGGGCAGCUGGGCACAGCUGCAGGGCAGCUCCAUGCAGGGGUCCGAGCCAUGAGCAGCGGCCGCUCCGAGUUCAGCAUCGAUGAUGCCUUUGAGCUGUCCCUGGAGGAGGGGGGGCCGGGGCCUGGGGGCACCCCCCCGCGCUUUGGGGCGCUGCACUUUGAGCGCAAAGGCCGAGGAGACGCGGAAGAAGAGAGCGAGAAGCAGUCUCGUCUCAAGUACCAGAACUUGGAGAAUGACGAGGACGGUGCCCGGAUCCCCUCAGAUCCUGAUGGAGCAAUGAAGCUCAGCAGGGACCCUGGCCGAUCCUCCACCAGAAGCUCUCAGUGGUCCUUCAGUACCAUCAGCAACAGUACCCAGCGCUCCUAUCGGGCUUGCUGCAGCUGGACGCAGCACCCUCUGAUCCAGAAGAAUCGCCGGGUGGUUCUGGCCUCCUUCUUGCUGUUGUUGCUGGGCCUCAUACUCAUCCUCAUCGGGGUAGGACUCGAGGUGAACCCUUCUCCAGGUGUCUCCAGUGCCAUCUUCUUUGUCCCUGGCUUCCUGUUGCUCAUCCCUGGAGUAUACCACGUCAUCUUCAUUUACUUUGCCGUCAAGGGCCACCGAGGCUUCCAGUUUUUCUACUUGCCUUACUUUGAGAAAUGAACCCUGAGCCUGCAUCUGGGAUGGAGCUCCCCCUCUGCCCCACUGCUGCCUCAGCAGCCCGGAAAUGGACACAGCUGGCCGGAUACUUGGAGGCCGGACAGCUCCAGGCUGGGCGGGAGGAAGAGGAUGGGGAAGGGGGCCUGGCUGGGAGCGGUAAUGACAAAGAUGGCUCCUCCAGAGAGCAUCCCCUUCCCCCUCCUAGGGUUUAGCGCUGAAAGGGACCCCCAAAGCCAGCCAGGCCAGUGCCCCACUCUCCCUAAGUGGGGAGCAAUCGUGCCUUGCCCAGAGACAGCCGCUAGCCAGCAGCAGAGUCCGGAUUUCCCAGAGACAGCCGACUAGCCAACAGCGGAAUCUGGAUUCGAACCUAGGCCCUCUGCCUCAUGACCACUACAAGGUGCCUCUGACCCUGCCAGAUGGGAGAGCUGGAGCCAACGGGGAGACGUUGCUCCUUGCCUGGCCCUCUGUGGCCUGGCCUGCCCCAGGACCCCUGAAGGUCAGAACUGGAGGUUUUCUCAGGAAGUUUACUGCCCCCACUUCUGCCCCAUCCCUCCUCUAUCUGUGCCCUCCUCCCUCCCGGGGCCUCCCUGCCUCAGGGGCCAGGCUUUCCUCAGCCCCACCUCUGCCCAAUGCUGCCUCUAAUCCUGGUGCCUUUAACUUAUUAGGAGGCCCCUGAGACCAUCCUCACGUUUAGGGUCUUCUGUCCCAAUAAAAUGUCAUUUAAUUCUGGCUGGGA